CCCUCGCUCCCCUUGGUAGACCAUCCACCGCUCAAUCCAACAUCACCUCACGCGUCUACUUUGUAUAUAUAACAGAAGUCAACCCCAGCGUCCAUCCUUGUCCCUUCUUUCUUUCUUUUUUUGUUUUUGUUUUUUUCUUUCAUUGUCCAUUGUGUUCCUUUGUUAUCAUACCGAAUUUGUACGAUACACAAUAACACCUCGCCAACAUGAAGGAGCAGCUUGCGCGAUGGAAGCAGACCGGGUCGGACGAGGAUCUACUGAACCACGCAUCAACACUCUUGAAAAAGACCACCGAUGACCUGAUCCCUCCAGUCAUGCCGCUUAUCCAAGCGGUCCUGUAUGCGGCGCUCGAUAAUGAUAUCUCGACUUCAGAGGCAGCACUCUUUUUCUCAAAGCUCUUCAGCAGGCAGUCAGAUACGGCUUCGAUGGACGUUCCUACUAUCAUCGUCGAUAUGAUUUGGGUUAUCGAGAUCGAAUAUGAAACAUGCAAUCCCAAGAAACAGGAAAGUCUUUGCCUGCUAGCCAAGGCCCUUAUCGCAAAGGGAUUUAUUCCAGAGUCCAUGAUGAGGGAACGCUGGGAAAUCGCAUUCUUGGAGCAAGUUGGAUUGAUCUCAAACUCCCAGCAAUUUUUAAAGCGUGUCGUCCGCAUCAACACCGUACAAUCAUACAAGCAACAAAAAUACAAUCUACUGCGAGAGGAAUCUGAGGGCUAUUCUAAACUGAUCACAGAGUUUUCGAGCGGGACCGCCGAUCACGAGGACGAUGCCGCCACAGCGUACAGGGCCACAGCCGUCCUCAGCAAUGUCAUGUCUUUGAUCGCUUACUUUGACCUGGAUCCGAACCGCGUGUUGGCCAUUGCGUUGGACGUCUUUGCUAACAACAUUGUAACGCAUUACCGGUUCUUCAUCGAGUUCUUACGGAUUUCGCCAUGGAAUCCUCAGUCAAAGGGCCAUGGAGUUGCAAUUCAGAGUGGAGCAUGCGCUCAUGUCCUCGGUUUCAACUUUCAGGAUUUACAGCGCCCAGAAAACCGACACAAGACUCCUUUGGAAUGGUAUACAGUUACAGCGCUGUUGCUGAGGAAUUCCUUCGUUCGGCUCGAAGACCUCUACCCAUAUCUCUCACUGUCAGAUGAUGCCUUAGAUUUGGAGUAUAAGACAUUCGUGGAAAGCAUGAAGGAAAAGGCGCUUGGGUUCAAAAGCAACCCAUUGGCGAUGGCUGGUGCAUUAACGGACGACACUCCGACAGCAUCAGCUGCCCUUGGCGACAACGCGGAUGAGGCUAUGACACUGGCUCCUGAGGCGAAUGUAAUUCCAGAGUUGCCGCUUCCUAACCAAAAAGUCGGAAUCGUGAACGCACUACUUUCCAUCGGUGAUGUAGAGCACGCCAUGUUCAUUCUCGCACGGUUCCCACAGUUGACAGCAUCCCACCCCGAGGUUGCGGACCUGAUCUGUCGUCUGAUCCACGUAAUGAUUCAGGAUGUUUACUAUGCAUUCUCGCCCGUCUCGCGGCACCCAGAACUCGCCAAGCGCCACGGCUUUGUAUAUCGCUACCCUGUCACCCUCGCCGAUCAUGAAGUCAUCACGCACCGCUCCCUCAACACGCGAUUUCCACCCACCACAGGAACGCAGCGUUACGAGUACUUUUACCCCAGCUGGAAGGACGACCUGGUUCGCUGCCGCUCUGUGCAGGACAUUAUCAAUUUUGUUUAUCCACUGUUGACUGUGGUCGGUGUUCGGAUUAGCCGUGACCCAGGCCUCGUGACUAAACUUUGUCGGAUCGGAGCAGGAACGUUGAAUCGACUUAACCAACAAAUUAAGCAGCUUGAGCUCACAAAGAGUUUGGACAGCUAUGGAGCUGAGGGGACAGACAAGGCUGAUUCUGACUUGAGCAACCUAAAGUCUGAAAUGGACAAGGUGGAGGCUGUCUGGGUUGACAUGACGAGGAUCUUGUUUUUGCCUACUAUAUCCGUCCUAUAUUCCAACACUGGAAUCGUGAAUGAGGUGUGGCAGGUUCUGAAGGGACUACACUAUCAAACACGAUACGGACUUUAUGGGGAGUGGAAGACAGAGCUGGUCAAGAUGUAUCCAGAGCUGGUGGUAGCGACUGCUGAAACAGAGAAAGAGGCCAAAAGCGUGAUGCGCAGGAUCAAUAAGGAGGAUGCAAAGCAGUACGGGCGUUUGUUUGCUAAGUAUGCGCACGCCAAUCCACUCAAUAUCUUUGCGGCGGCGAUGAAGCAGCUGGAAGGCGGUUACGACAACAUGGUGCAGCCUCUAGUCGAUGCCUGCAAGUACCUGACCGAUUUUGGUUACGAUGUCCUUGGUUACGCCCUCCUGGAAUCCCUAUCAAAGAAAACGCGGAGCAAGGUUCAGGACGAUGGCACAACCGCUGCAAAGUGGAUGAAUACUCUGGCCUCAUUCAGUGGCAACCUGUACAGAAAGUACACCUCUGCAGAUCUCACAGGGUUGUUGCAAUAUCUCGUCAACCAGCUGCGACUGGAGAAGGCGCAUGAUUUAGUAGUUUUGCGCGAGCUCCUGUCGAAGAUGGGCGGCGUGGAGGACUCCAGCAAUUUGAAUGCAUCUCAGCUGCUUGCCAUGGCGGGAGGCGACCUGUUGAAGAACGAAGUGCUUUUUGGAGGAGUGACUGGAGCUGUUAUGAAGAAGAACACUAGGAGUUGUCUCCGACUGCAGGACGCUAUGAUGCAUGAUAACAUUGCCAGUCAGCUAUUGGUGCUGCUUGCCCAACAUAGACAGGAGUGCGUUUUCGGAGCGGAAGACAUACCGCACUUGAAGGUCCUUAGCAACAUUUACGACCAAGCGCAUGCUACUUUGCUGCAGUUCAUGGAGUUUCUGUCGUCCAAUCUCCAAAAGGAGUAUCCUCGUCUGGUCCCAUUGCUUGUGGAUCUUUGCCUCAAGUACAAGAUUGAACCCUCAAUGGCCAUGCACAUCGCAAGACCAAAGCUGCAGGACAUAACUCGGAAGGAGCAGAAGCUGAUGACUGUUAUCAAGAACAAGGUCGAGGGCAAUAUAAACGCUGACGCGCCCGAAACUUCGAGCUCUAUGGAGAUCGACACGCAGGAAGCGGGUAAAACUGAUCUUCCAUUGGAAGAGGAUGCAUGGCUACCAUGUCUAGGACCGAUCGCUCAAGAAGUCCGCAAGAUUCUCCCACCAAGGGCAUGGCGAGGAAUGAAACCACAGUUCUACAUUGCCUUUUGGCAGUUGACGCUCUACGACAUCUACGUUCCUGUGGAGCAAUACAAGGCAGAGAUUGCAAAACUGAAGCAUGCCGUGAACACGAUGGAUGCAGACCGGACGGUCUACAGUUCAAGUGCACAGGCGAGGAGGAAUCGCGAGAGAGAGCGUCUUUUCCAUACUGCGGCCAGACUUGACAUGGAGAUGGAGAAUCAACUUGCCAACCACAAGAAUGUCAUGGAACGACUUCGUCGGGAGAAGCGCUAUUGGUUUCAAGGCUUGGACUCGGAUCGUCAGGAGAUCAUCGGCCAAGUCAUCCAGCACUGCAUUUACCCCAGAGCGAUCUUAUCUGGUUUGGACGCCAUGUUCUGCGCAAAGUUCAUUCAAGUGCUGCACUCGAUUGGCACUUUUAACUUUUCAACAUUAACGCUUUAUGACAAGUUGCUUUUGGAGCCUGACCGUCUUUUGUUCUUGUCAUCCGAGAACGAGGCCAAAAUGUUUGGUCGUUUCCUUUGCGAGGUCUUGUCAAGUCUGUCCCGCUGGCAUGUAAACCGAACGCUUUAUGAAGAAGAGGGCCGAGGUAACAACCUGCCUGGGUUCCAGUGCAAGUGGGCCUCGCCGAAUACAGAUGGCACAGAUGAGUACUUGGACUAUGAGCAGUUCAGGCACGCACUCUACAAGUGGCACACCAUGUUGUAUCGGAUGUUUGCUUCUGCAUUGGAGUCGGCAGAGUACAUGCGGAUCAAGAACACAAUCAUAAUCCUGCGAGAGAUUGCUCCAUGCUAUCCCACAUUGUCGGUGGUAGGAACACGGCUCAUGAAGAUUAUCAAGACAAUCGCCGGCAAUGAACAGAGGGACGACUUGAAGCUUCUGGCGAACGCCUACGCGGGCGUUUUGAAAAAGUCCAAGGACAGCAACAAGUGGAUGCCAGUAGCGCAGUUCCACAUUCACAGGUCAACAGCCGAGUCGAGUACUAUCAGUGAGAGCGCUGCAAAAGACAGUGCCGCCGCCUUGGGCGACCCUAGCCGCUCCAGCCCAGAUCAGUCAAAAGCGAGUCCCGCCAAACUGCCAGAGUCCAAGAAUGACCCAAAGGACUCUGACGAGCGAAGUGGACGACAGUCGACUAUUAACCCAAGUUAUGCUUCUCAAAAUGCAAGGGAUCGGGUUACGUCUGUAAAGGACUCACGAGUUGGAGGAACUAUAUCACCGGGAGGGGUCGGACGAAGAAGCGUUGUACCAUUGCCACCAAAACCAGGUACGCCGGUUUACGAAGGUCGACACGACCAUACAGCAAAUUUUUCUGGCAGGGAUGGUCGUGAGCAGGCGUCGAGAGACAGGGAUCUGCCAGGUGUUAAUCUGUCGCGUUCCGACAAGCCGCCUGAACUCCUUGUGAUUUCUCUGAAGAACGGACCGCGCGACACACAGGAUACCAAGGACUUGAACAAGGACCCGAAGCGCGAGGCUAGAGAUGGGGCUAGAGAUGGACCUCGAGAAAAUACAAGAGAUAAUACGAAGGAAUCUACCAGGGAUCCUCCGAGGGAUUCAACCAGGGAUCCGGCAAGGGAUUCUAUUAGAGACCCUACUAGGGACAGCGUCAAGGAUAUCGGCAGGGAUUACCAUCGCGACAGUAACGGCCACCGUGACAGCAUCAGGGACGUAGGAGCUCGAGAGAGAAUGCGGGAUUUAGGAGACGGCGCUGAUCGCGAUCCUCGUAGCGAGAUAAAGACUUCGUCCCUCUUGUCGCCAGAUCUUCGUGAUCGUCGCGACCUUCGAGAUCCUCGCGACCCUCGUGACAUUGCCGCGAGUCGAAAGGAGCUGAGGGACUCCGCACCGCGAGACCCCAGGGAUAGAGACCCUCGAGAGCUGAUUCGCACCGACACCCGAGAUGGACGUGAUGCUCGCGACAGCAGGGCUCAGGCAGGCUCUAAUCGCGAUGGUCGCAGAGAUCGACAGAGGGCCGAGCCCAGCCAAAGAGAUCAGGAUCGACGCACAUCUGACCGUAGAGAUCCUAGGGACAGGGACGAGCCUACACAGAGUAGCCGAGCUAGAGUCCCAUCUCCCAGACGAGGCGAUGACAAGAGUAAAGCGGAUGGACGCGAUCGAGAUGCAGGCAAUAGCUCGCGGGAUCAUAAUGCUGGUGGCCGUUCAAACAGUCGGACCAGGGACUCACCUUCGAGAAGAGUUGAUGAUAAAGCCAAAACAGGCGAUCGGGAUUCAAGGGACACUAGGGACUCCAGAGAUGCCGCGUCAUCCGGCAAUGGGUCCCGGGAUCAGAAUUCUGUCGCUCGGUCCACUGCACGCGAAGAGCAGGAUCAUAGCCGUGAGGACUUGCGUGACGAUGGCCGUUCCUCGUUACGUCGCUUGGGAUCAUCACGGCAGGAAUCGUCGCCGCGACAGGAGCUUUCAUCUCGUGAUCGGGAAGCAAGGGAUCCGAGGGAUACUAGAGACAGUAGGGACUCUAGGGACUCUAGGGACUCCAGGGAUUCCAGGGACAGCCGAGAUAACAGGGACACAAGGGAUACCAGAGAUGCCAGAGACGCUAGGGAUUCCACGCCAUCAGGCGCUGGUUUUCGAGAAAACAAUCCUAAUACCCACCAAAACAGCCGUGAUAUUCCAGAUCAUAUCCGUGAAGAGGUCCGCGAUGACGCUCGUCCCACUUCAAGUCGUGGAGGGGUUCCAUCAGGUUCAUUGCGGCAGGAUCCUUCGUCUCGUGACAGAGGUUCUCGUCGACAGGAAGUGGCUCAGGAAGGUAAGAUAUCAGUCCAUUUCGACUUGGAGAAAACUUUGACAGCAAACUGCCAAUGUACGCUGCUUACCAAUAUCUAUGACGUUUUUUGUUACAAGCUGUAGGUGAGGCACGGAGAUCGUCUAGAGAGUCUCAGAACCGGUCAGAGCGCUCAUCAGAAUCGGGUGAUCGAAAGCGUGGACGAGAGAGCCGUAACGCCAGCGUUGAUAGAGAAAAGGAUAAGGACCGGGAGAGAGAUAGGGAAUCGAAACGACGUCGCGAAGGCUCCGU